UCUCUUGAGGGAAAAAAAACUCAUUCACUUUCUCUGUUUUUUUUGUCCAAACGCACCACAAAACAGAGACAGAGACAGAGAACAGGGGAGACCAGAGAUCACAGAAACACCAAGUAGAGAGAGAUGGCUGGAAAAACCACGCUUGCAACCCUUGUUCUAGUGGUGGUAGCUGCUGCUGCCCUGAUGGAGGGCGCGGCGGCGACGGUGUACAUCGUCGGAGACGCCACGGGUUGGACCAUCCCCUCCGGUGGCGCCACCUUCUAUUCCACUUGGGCUGCCAGCCAUACCUUUGCGGUCGGCGACAUUUUAGUCUUCAACUUCAUUACCGGAGCACAUGACGUGGCAACGGUAACAAAAACUUCAUACGACUCAUGCAGCUCCGCCAGUCCUAUCUCUCUCCUAUCAACCCCUCCGGUGAACAUCACCUUAACUACCUCCGGCGAGCACUACUACAUCUGCACAGUCGGCCAGCACUGCGCCAACGGCCAAAAGCUCUCCGUCAACGUCGCCGCCGCCGGUAGCCCCACCCCCACCCCAUCCCCGUCUCCGGCAUCUCCGACUCCGUCGCCGACUCCGACUCCGUCAACGACACCGUCUCCGACUCCUUCCGCCACCCCCACCCCCACCCCCACCCCCACCCCCACCCCCGCUCCCACUCCCGCUGCCCACACGCCCUCGCCCACCGCCCAUUCACCGGCACCGUCGUCACCUCCAACCAACAGCCCUCCGUCACCACCCGCCAUGGAGUCACCGCCGCCAAGCUCCUCUACUUCCCCGACGACCUCUCCUCCACCGCCGCCACCCAGCUCCGCCCCACACAAGGCUGUUGCCACUGUCGGCAUGGUGGUCAUGUCCGUUGCUAUAGGUGCUCUGUUUUAAUUUAGAGCAAUGUCACGUAUACAGUUUUAUGUGUACAGAUCUGACCACAGAUAGUAUUUGGAAUCGUCCGAAUCACGUGGUUACUUACUAGUUUGUAGAGUUCACGUGCAUCGGACGAUUUCUAACACUUUUCUGUAUUAAGAUCUAUACACAAAUUUGUGUACACGCGAGUGUGCUUUAAUUUAUUUUCCCUCUCACAAUUUUGGUUUGUACACUCUAUUUGUGUUGGCUUAGAGAGUUGAAAUAUGGCAGGGGACAUUCUUUAGUGGAUUGUUGUAUUGGUUUAGUGAUUGAUGAUUUUAUUCAGCUGAAUAAAAAUGUGCACGGAUUUGUCUUUA